AUGGAACAACCAAUAGAAACUAAACAUAUAAAGAUAAUAACAGUUACAGAUGGAUGUAAAGCAGGUGCAUUUUCAUUAUUACAUAGAUAUGUAAACGAUGAUUUCGAUCUAGAUACUAGACCAACUAAAUUAGACUUUUUAGUAAAGACUAUCAAUACCAACGUCAACAACAUUACAGGUGACCAAGACUUUGAUACACACGAUCGUAUUAAACUACAAAUGUGGUGUGCACAUUGGAGAGGAGAGAUUUAUAAUACUCACAAUCCAGUAUUCUAUAGACACGCAUCUGCUAUCCUCUUCAUCUUUGAUGUCACCAAUCGAAAGAGCUAUGAAAGAUGUGCACAUUGGUUAGAAGAUGCUCGAUUGCAAUUGACAUUAGAUGGCUCGAACCUUACCGAUCAAGGUCCUAUCAUGGCACUAGUCGCUACAAAGUGUGAUUUGGAGGAACAGAGAGUCACAUCAACACAAGAGGCACAGCAAUGGGCAACUUCUGUAAACAUCGACGGGUACUUUGAAACGAGUGCAUUGGAGAAUACCGGUAUUGAUGAAACAUUCAAUUCUGUCGUUGAAUUGAUACUCGAAAGGAACUAUAUAUUUCCUUCUUGUCAACGUGUCAACACUAAUCCUCCACCUCCUCCUCCUCAAUCACGAUCAUAUUGUACAAUACAAUAA